CGCUUGAUCCUUUCUGUUCUGUCUUUUGACCCAGCCCUCUGCCCAUCUCUAGCCCGCCGUCCUUGACUUUUGAGUCGUUCCAAAAGCUCCUUGGGAUUACAGCUCCCCCCACAAAAGCCUCAUUUUUUUUGGCCGCCUCACGCGUUAUCACCAAGCGCUUGUCUCAAAGGUUCCAGAACAUCCCAUCCCUUCCUUUGCACCGCACCGGACAUCUCCAGUUUAUAAAUUCAACUUACCAUAGCACCUGUCGGGGUAGGGCCCAUCCCGGAUUUCAAUGUGAUCCGCUUGCUAACCACAUUCCUCGAAGAGCUCGUCCUUAUCAUUCGCUCCUUUUUUCUUUUUUUUUUUCUCUUUUUUUGGUCCUUCUUUGCCCCUCGUCCCGUCUCUCACCGGCCCACCUCGAGCUCUCUCCUCUUGUCCAUUGUCGAAAUCUCGCAGACUCAUGCUCGUGGUUGCUGUGACGGACCGGGAAUCCUGGCCAGGAAUAGUCCCCGAAGCUUGAACCGUUCCGAUAUCGUCUAUCCGGUCUGUGAACGUCCUAUCGCACCAAGAUGGAGCCGGUGAUAAGCCCGGGCCAUGUCAUGGCCGAAGAUAAUAUCAUUAAUCGCCGAGGAGGCGAGUCACUGUAUCAGAGCUGCGCCCACCUGAAGAAGAGACUCGCAGAAGUCCCUGGUUUUGAGCCGCAUCUGGCAGAGAUGGAGGCCCUAGAUAAAACUCAGGAAAUCAGUGAUCCCGUGGCGUCUGUAUGGAGGUGUUUGCAGAAUGGAUAUCCGUUGAUGACCAUCUUCAACGCUACUCAACCCGCUGAGCCAUUAACAUUGGACGAGAGUAAGGUUCAAGAACACCGAAGACCGAAAGCCGCAGCCUUCAAGUUCCUUCAAGCCUGCUUGCAAGACCUGGAAUUCCCUCAGCAGGAAUGCUUCCUCAUAACCGAUCUCUAUGGCGAGAAUACCACCGGCUUCGUUAAGGUUAUUAAAAUGGUUAAUCGUGUCCUGGAUAUCCUCGAAAUGCAAGGUCAACUUUAUAAGCCAUCGCCUACAAAUUCCGGUCCCGUUGAGCAACAAAGAACCAAGCUUACGCGACGAGAACAUAUCCUUAAAGAAAUGCUGGAGACUGAAAGGGAUUACGUCCAUCAUUUGCAAAAUCUACAGGCCCUUAAAAAGGAGCUCGAAGAGACCGGUGCCCUGAAUGGCGACUCAAGCCACCAAAUUUUUCUCAACUUAAACAAUCUACUUGACUUCGCGCAGAGGUUCCUUAUCCGGAUGGAGCAGCAUAAUGCACUUCCGGAAGAAUCUCAGAACUGGGGUGAGCUGUUCAUCAAUCACCAGGAAGGUUUCCGGCAAUAUGAGCCUUUCAUCGCCAACCAACUUCGCUGCGAUGCCGUUUGUUUGCGUGAGUGGGAUAAGAUCCACGCAGCUCCGCGAUCUCUUGAUCUUCAGCAGAUGGUGGCCCAGCUGUCAACCUUAAACGGCUUCUUCGUAAAGCCGUUUCAGCGCCUGACCAAGUAUCCUCUAAUGCUCAUGGAAUUGAAAAAGCAGACAGAUCGAGAAGAUCUCAGCGCCGAUAUCACUACUGCCAUCGACAUCAUUCAACUAGUCCUGGAUCGUGCGAAUAGCGCUAUCGAUAAAGAGCACCUGGCCGCCGCGGUUCAGGAUUUGACCAACAGGGUGGAUGAUUGGAAAGCUCUUCGAGUCGAAGCGUUCGGCGAAUUGCUCCGUUUUGGAACCUUCAUAGUAAUAAAGGGUGAUGCUGGAAAGGACUCGGAAAGAGAGUACCACAUCUAUCUUUUCCAACGAAUACUUUUGUGCUGUAAAGACAUAAAUCCGAAUAAACAAAAGUCCAAGCUGAUGGGCAAAGAUAAACCGAAUCCGAACACUCAAAAAGGAAAAGCUCGUCUUCAGCUAAAGGGCCGGAUAUACAUGGCAAAUGUGACAGAGAUACUAUCUCUUCAGCGGCCAGGCUCCUAUAAGAUUCAAAUAUUCUGGAAGGGCGACCCCGGUGUUGUGGACAAUUUCUCGAUUCGAUACCGGGAUGAGGAGACUAUGCGCAAGUGGUAUAAAGAUAUCGAUGCUCAAAGAGCUCUCCAAGUUGAAGAACGAAAUACUUCGCGCAGUGGUACCUCCGAAACGGAAUUUACCUAUCUCAAGAAUGCAAAGAUGCAAAAUCCUUAUGCAGAAGAGUAUAACGCAGACGAAGACCUGGCCCCUGCAGUCUCGGAGCUCUCGAUGUCACGUAAUGCGUCCAGUACGAGUCUUCGAGCUCGAUCAGGGACAGGUGGCAGCGGAGGAUCCGGUCCACCUGUAUCCCGUCCGCCCCGGUUCCCGAUGCCGGAACCACCUCUUUCUCUCCACACACAAUUCUCUCCUGGAGCUCUAUCUCCUGGAGAGCGACUCGCCGGCUCAUAUUUCUCCCCUGUGGCUGAAAUACCAUCGUCCACGAGGUCAAGCUCAUCGACUACAUUUUCCUAUUCUCGGCAAGGCACUCCAUCUAGCCAAUGGAAUGAAGACUCCAAUCGUUAUACCGCUCCAGCAAUGCCCAGAGCAGGAUCACGGGAUGGGCCUACCUCUUCUCCGUACUACAGCAAUCCUCCUCGUGUGACCCAGCGUCCUUCAUUGCCUCCACUAUCGUCUCAAAACCCCCAAAACCCCGCGCAAUCCAGAAUGCGCUCUGCCAGUAGCCCCGAUAUUCAUAACCAUAAUCUCCCUGAUUCGGCUCGUCGUCAUCUGAAUGGCCAUACAAUGCAAACAGUGGACAAUGUGCCCGUUCCACCCAUUCCAGCGAAUAUUGCCAACAUGAGAACCCCCAUCAAUCGAAGCCAAAGCAGUUCCCCCGGUACAAUGCCGCCACCCCAGUCGUUGCGUCCCGGUUUUACCGAGCCUCAAUAUGCGCAAGGCCGUGAGACCCUUCGUUCGCAACCUUCUCUGACGUCGAAUCCUUCCAGCCUUUCCUUGAAUCAAGAGGUGGAGAACAUCAUGCCAGCCCAACUGAAAGCCAAGGUUAACUUUAAUGACAACUAUGUUACACUAGUGAUUGCAAGCAACAUUCUUUAUCGUUCCUUGACUGACCGGGUUGAUGCGAAACUCGCCCGAUUCACAACGCGUUCAAUUGGUGCCAAGUCGGCAAGGUUGCGCUACCGGGAUGAGGAUGGUGAUUUUGUUACUAUUGACAGCGACGAAGCUGUCCAGUUGGCGAUUAUGGAAUGGCGUGAGCAACAUCAGAAUAUGCUCGCAAAUGGGCAGGUUGGAGAGAUCCAGCUGUUCUGCCAGCCAGUUGAGAACUGAGUUAGACUGUGGUUAUUUUGCACACUGUUCGUCCCCGUUGAUUCCCUGCAUUCAUGGCGUAUACGGAGCUAGCCAACACCGUCGAACGGGCUUUUGCCCUUUGCAAGUUUGUCUUUGUGCCACCGCGAUAGCGAUCGGGAGUUUGCGAAACGAUGACCUUUUCAAAACUCUGGUCAUCAGUUUAUAUUCCCAAGUCGAUAAUAUUUUUCAAUGCGUUCAAGGGACAAGAAAUUCUCAAUAUAUAUCAUAUCAACUUCGUUCCUUGCUUAUGAUCUCUCAUCCCAUCUCUGCCGCAACGGUGAAUCUAUGGAUCUUUUUCGGAUCAGAUCAUGUGCGGCUGAUCUUGGUGAGCUUAUAACUUCGCGGCUAAUCCGGCCAUGGCUUCGUCUCUGUUUUGGGUCUGUGGAGUUUGAUGUUUACGAUUUUCUGUUCUCUGUUUUAUCUAAGACAUGACCGUAUGACUCUAAUGUAUUCCCCCUUACCUGCUACAUUUUUCCUUCCUGGUUCUGGCUUUGGUCCCUUGCUCCCCUCCCCUACGCGUUGCCCCACCUCUUGCGGUGUUGCCCUCCCUCUAACAUUUCCCCAACCCCGUCCCUAUGUGCAAAUAAUUUAGGAAGCGGAGAUAGAUAUUCUUGUGAUUUUACUUUUGCCUCUACCAUUUUGACAUAUCGUUGACAUAUCUCGAGAGAUUACACCCAUGUGUAUAACAUU